GCCAUCCGUAAACGCCCUUUAAAUAAUCGCGCCUAAAACUAGGGCGCCACUAUACUGACGUCUAAUCCGUGAAUUUUGCCGACAUGUUAUUCUCACGUCUCCAAACGUGCGUCUGUCUUGACGGACGCACGGAGACGGACCAUCCGAAGCAAUGGAGCUCGCCGAAGCGUUCGUCAACGGCAUCGCCAAGGCCGCCGAUCCGCGCAAAGUGAGUGACGCAGACUACACCAAACUCCUCGACAAAGUCUUCAGCGUGGUCACGAACGACGGCGAACCGGGAGCGGGCGGCGUCGACGACGACGACGACGCGUCGGCGACAGCAGACGACGACUUCAAAGAUGGCUGCGCCGGACUGAUAGCGUUGGUGCUCGAGAGCUCGCGCUUCAACCUGGACGAUUCUCAGCUCGCGCUCCGCCUCGAAGAGUACGGCAUGACCGGCGCCCGCGCGGACACCUUGGUCCGCAAGUACGCGGCGAACAAGCAGUUGGUGCGCGUCGAGCUGAGUCGCAUCGGGCGGCGGCCACCUCACGUCACCGGCGUCGACUGGGGCGUCGAUUAUCGGGUCAAGAGCAACCACCUCGAGCGCAUCGGCGAGCCGGUGUUCCACAUCGAGCUCAAGACUUCCACGGAGAAGCCAGUCUCGUUCGCGUGCAACAUGGCGCAGAUGCAGGACCUGCUGCACAGCCUGCGGGACGCUGCGAAGUGCGUUGAAAACAAGGCGCAGGGGGGCGGUUCUUGAGGCUGCGUGCCCGUUUACGUUUUGUAAAUAAAAGAUUGUCUGGCGAACUGCAA